AUGGUUUUUGUUGCUUUAGGGGCGGCGAUUCGUAGCUUUAUGUUUAAUCUAAGACCUGUUGUUAUCAUUGACGCGGCACACCUAAAGGGUGAAUUUAAAGGGACGUUGUUUUUAGCAGUAGGCAUGGAUGGAAAUAAUCAGAUUUUACCGCUUGCUUAUGGCAUUGGAAAAUCAGAGGAUGGUGAAUCUUGGACAUGGUUUCUCUCAAAGCUUAGAGAUUGUGUUGGUGAAAUAGCAGAUAUGGCGAUCAUUUCGGAUAGGGCGAAUUCGAUACAUGUUUUAACAAAUAUUGGGUUUGGUAGAUGGGCAAGAGCUCAUUGUCCCGGCAAUCGAUACCACUAUAUGACAUCUAAUAGUGCGGAGUCUAUUAACUCUUUGUCUAGAUUCUCGCGUAAGAUGCCGAUAACGCAACUUAUCGAAUUUUUCCGCGAGUCUGUACAAAAAUGGUUUUAUGACCGUCGAUUGCAGGGCAUGCAGGAGAGCCAUUCACUUACUCAGUGGGCACAGAAGAAAAUUUUAAAGAAAAUUGAAGGGUCUAGAACCUGGACUGUUGCAGGCAUCCGGGUAAACAGCUUUGUUGUUGAUGACGGUGGGAAAAGGGGUGUAGUUGAUCUUUCGAACCGUUCGUGCAGCUGUCGUGUCUGGCAAGUUUCGGGUUUACCUUGUGGGCAUGUGAUUGCUGUUUCAAGAUUUUUGGGUGAACCUGACUGUAGUCAUUAUGCUUUCUCGUGUUACUCAAAGGAAGUAUACAAAAAAACGUAUGAAGAAUCGAUUAAUCCUCUGCCUCAUAGGUCUGAAUGGGUAAUACCAGAAGGCCUUGGCAGUGUAUUACCGCCGAAUAUUACAAAACGUCAAUCAGGUCGUCCAAAAGAAAACAAGCGAAUCUUGUCUCGUGGGGAAGAACCUGUUCCGGUAUAUUGUUCGCGUUGCCGAACAUACGGACAUGUUCGUGACGUUUGUUUAGAUCCAAUGAAAUCACAGAUUCGUUCACAAAAAUCAUCAGGCAAAGGAAAAGAGAAAGAGACAGAAACCCAGAGUUCAACGGAUGACAUUUUUCCAUCUUAUAAUUUAGCAGAAUUUUAA